UUCAACUCUAGUCAAAACUUUAUCUAAAUGCUCCGUAUAUAUCUGCCAAAGAAUCUGAGAUUUUCAGCUGCUGCUGUUUCGAAACGAAUUGACAAAAUCUUCCUGCAACGUAAGCUCCUCUGUUACUCUCCUCCUAUAUUAUUCCGCGAGAGAGAGAGUGAGAUCAGCCAGAUGGAUUUAUUUAUAUGAUUCCCGAGAAGAAAAAAUCUGCACUUUUCUGCGGAUUCCCAAUCUUGGUCUCUAAAAAUGCAAUCUUUACACCGGCCCCAUGUUGAUUCAGAGGCUGAGAAUUGCACAAACGGCUGCGGCUGCCAUUCCAGCGCCGUGAGCGGCGGCGUUCACGGUGGCUGUGGUAGCAGUUCAUGCUCAUUAGACGCCGAGAAGCUCCAGGAAAGGAGGAUUUCGUCUGGGUCGUCGGAAUGUUUUGUGGAGGUGGAUCUGGAAGCUCCGCCGAAAGAGGAAGCAAAAUUGCAUUCUAAGAAGGAUUGCAGAAUCUGCCAUUUGAGCAUAGAUUUGGAGAGUCAAGAAUCAGGGGUGGUUUUUGAACUGGGCUGUUCUUGUAAGAAUGAUUUGGCUGCUGCCCAUAAGCACUGUGCAGAGGCUUGGUUCAAGAUCAAGGGAAACAGGACUUGUGAGAUUUGUGGAUCAAUAGCCUCAAAUGUCGUCUACACGAAUGUGAUGGAGCCAAUUGAUUUGUGGAGUGAGUCGGAUAUUGCUGUUCGGGCAGCAAUAGCUAGGGCAGCCGCUGCAACCCGCGUAGAGACUCCUCGACGCUUCUGGCAAGGUCAUCGUUUCCUCAACUUCUUGCUAGCUUGCAUGGUCUUCGCCUUUGUCAUUUCAUGGCUCUUCCAUUUCAAUGUCCCCUCCUGAAAUGCUCAUAAACUAUGUAUGUAUCAUUCCGUUUGUAAAAUGUGUAAAUGCGACCUGAAUUAGUUGUACGAACCCAAUUUCUCAUCUAGCUUUUCCUAUUAUUGAAUGAAGUAGAUUGAGUAAUAUCUUUGAUACAUAGAAAUAACCACUAAUGGGUUGUUUAUCCC